UCAGGUUCUGGCCGCCACCCAUCCAUCCUGGCCGCACGCGCUCGGCACACGGUCCACAUGGGUGAAGCAGAGUGACGGAUGAGUGAAGCAGAGUGAGCAACGGGCCGUAGCCGAGCCCGCCAUGGCGCCACCGCCGCUACCCCUCUUCUCCCCGUCCCCAAAGGCCCCGCCUCCGCCGCCAUGGCUCCACGGGUCCUCCACCCAAAGCCGCGACUCCGCACCCCCGGUGCCUCCACCCCCCGCCGACGCAACUCCUCCCAAGCCCCGCACCCACAGCCCCAAAUCGGCACCGGCAAAGAAAAACACCAAAACAACAGCCAAGCCCCUCACUGCCGGAGUCCCGGGGGGCCGCACACACCGAGCUGUCCUCGGCAUCAUCCGGCGCGUCCGCUCCCUCGAGCUCUCAGAUGCUCCGAGUGCGAGUUCCGUCCACGACAGCAACGCCGGUGCCGCCGCCGCAUUCCACCUUCCAAUCGAGCCGUCCCCGCCGCGGGAACCAGGCCAAGAAGUGGUGGAGAAGGCGAAGCCGCGGGCGGUUCCGUGGGCGGCUGCUAGGGACGAGGGCCUCAAGGUCGCGCUGCGGCGGGAGAAGAAGCCGCGGAAGCCGACGCGCGCCGAGACCGAGCUGGAGACCGACGAGCUGGACCGGCUGCGGCGGUUGGCGCGCGGGAUGGGCAGGUGGGCGCGGGCCAAGAAGGCCGGAGUCACCGACGAGGUGGUCGAGGAGAUGCGAAGGGAAUGGGCCAGUGGUGAAGAGCUCGCCGCAGUGCGUAUCGUCGAGCCACUCCGCCGGUCCAUGGACCGCGCCAGGGAGAUUCUUGAGAUAAAAACAGGAGGAUUAGUUGUGUGGACAAAAGGAGACAUACAUUUUGUCUAUAAAGGAAGCAAAUAUCAGCAAAACGCAAAGCAUAGUCACACUUUUGUAACUAAUGUUCAUAAAGGUUCUCUCGUAAAACAAAAUGUUCGUGGUGAAGCAGAUGAUGCUUUUCAAGAAAAUGAUCAGAGCAUUUGUGGCCAGAAGGAUGAAGAACCUGUCAAGGGAACACUAUACGAGAGGGAAGUCAAUAGACUAUUGGACACUUUGGGCCCUCGAUUUGUUGAUUGGUGGUGGGACACACCAUUACCUGUGGAUGCUGAUCUCCUCCCAGAGUUCAUUCCAGGCUUUAAGACUCCAUUUAGGCAGUGCCCUCCUGGUGUGAGACCAACACUAGCUGAUGAGGAGCUGACAUACUUGCGCAAGCUUGCGCGCCCUUUGCCAACACAUUUUGCCCUUGGUAGAAAUACAAGAUUGCAGGGUUUGGCUGCUGCUAUACUGAAGCUUUGGGAGAAAAGCCUUAUAGCAAAAAUUGCAGUGAAAGUAGGUAUCCAGAAUACGAACAAUGAACAAAUGGCAUGGAACCUGAAGCAUCUUACGGGAGGCACUGUGAUAUUGAGAAACAAGGAUUUUGUUAUUCUAUAUAGAGGCAAGGAUUUUCUGCCUGGUGGAGUUGCUCAAACUGUUAUUCAACGAGAAGCUCAGGUAGAUGAUGAACAGGUGAAGGAAGAGGAAGCUCGACUGAAAGCAGUUGACUCUCUUCAGAUGGUUGGUGAAUUAUCAUCUGAUGAAGAAAGUUCUGUAGGAACUUUCAGGGAGUAUAAGGAUUUCCAUGCUGACUUUGUGCAUGCAAACACUGAAAAGUCCAACACCAUGAUUGAAUUAGAGGCCGAGAAGUAUAGAUUGGAAAAGGAACUGAAAGAUCAUGAAUGGAAGCUUUCCAUUCUCAACAAGAAGAUUGAAAGAUCUAACCAGGCACUGGCAAAGCUUCGCAGUUCUUGGAGCCCUUCAGAGCAGUCUGCUGAUAGAGAACUAUUGACAGAAGAGGAAAAGAUAAUGUUCCGCCGGAUUGGCCGCAAAAUGGAUGGGCUUGUUCUCCUAGGAAGGCGUGGUAUCUUUGAUGGUGUAAUUGAAGAGAUUCAUCAGCAUUGGAAACAUAAAGAGGUUGUGAAAGUAAUUACAAAGCAGAAUCAAGCCCGACAGAUCAUGUACACAGCGAAUUUGCUUGAGGUUGAGACAGGUGGAAUAUUAAUAGCAGUAGAAAAGCUCACAACCAGCCAUGCCAUAAUACUUUACCGUGGGAAAAACUAUCGCCGCCCAGCAAAAUCAUCAUUUAGUAAUCUCCUAACGAAAAGAGAAGCUCUCCGAAGAUCACUUGAGGUCCAGCGGCGAGGGUCAAUGAAAUACUUUGUCCGGGAGAGACAGAAGUCCAUUUCGGAAUUGAAAAGGAGACUGAGAUAUGUGACAAGGCAAAUCAGGUAUCGAACCCCAUGAUCAUGAAGAAGUUGGAUGCUUGGAUAGCAUGGUCAGUGAAGAUAUUUGCAAAUUGCAGUAAUGACUGUCAAGAUUUUUUUUCUUAUUAUGGGAUAGCCGUGUAAAACUGUAAAGCCGAAAAUGAACAAUUCUGAAGUGUACAGCUUAUAUAAUUGUCUGUUGUACAUAUGUGCCACUUUACCCACAUUUCAUAAAAAUAAGUGAAAUUUCUCUGUUUUGGUGCAA